AUGAGAGAAAUUAUCCACUUAUCUACCGGUCAAUGUGGUAACCAGAUCGGUGCUGCCUUCUGGGAAACCAUCUGUAAGGAACAUGGUUUAGAUAAUCAUGGUAAUUACCACGGCCAAGAUGAUAUCCAAAAGUCCAAAUUAGAUGUUUAUUUUAAUGAAGCCAGUUCUGGAAAGUACGUUCCUCGUGCUGUUCUUGUUGAUUUGGAACCAGGUACCAUUGAUAAUGUUAAAACCAGUCAUAUUGGAAAUUUAUUUAGACCUGAUAACUUUAUUUUUGGUCAAUCUUCUGCUGGUAAUGUGUGGGCCAAAGGUCAUUACACUGAAGGUGCAGAAUUAGUUGAUUCUGUCUUUGACGUAGUUAGAAGAGAAGCUGAAAGUUGUGAUUCCUUACAAGGUUUCCAAAUCACUCAUUCCUUGGGUGGUGGUACAGGUUCUGGUAUGGGUACUUUAUUAAUUAGUAAGAUUAGAGAAGAAUUCCCUGGUAGAAUGAUGGCCACUUUUUCUGUUGUCCCAUCUCCAAAGGUUAGUGAUACAGUUAUUGAACCUUAUAAUGCAACCUUAUCUGUUCAUCAAUUAGUGGAAUAUUCUGAUGAAACUUUCUGUAUCGAUAAUGAAGCUUUAUACAACAUUUGUCAACAAACUUUGAAACUACCUACACCAUCAUACCAAGAGUUGAACAGUUUGGUUAGUUCUGUUAUGUCUGGUGUUACUACUUCAUUACGUUAUCCAGGUCAAUUGAAUUCAGAUUUAAGAAAAUUGGCUGUUAACUUGGUUCCAUUCCCAAGAUUACACUUUUUCAUGGUUGGUUAUGCUCCAUUAACUUCCAUAGGUUCUAAAUCUUUCAGAGCUUUAAGUGUUCCAGAAUUAACUCAACAAAUGUUUGACUCUAAGAAUAUGAUGGCAGCUUCUGAUCCAAAGAAUGGACGUUAUUUAACAGUUGCUGCCUUUUUCAGAGGUAAAGUUUCUGUUAAAGAAGUUGAAGAUGAAAUGCUUAAGAUGCAAACCAAGAACUCCAGUUAUUUUGUUGAAUGGAUUCCAAAUAAUGUUCAAACUGCAGUCUGUUCUGUUCCACCUGUUGAUUUAGAUAUGUCUGCUACAUUUAUUGGUAAUUCUACUUCUAUUCAAGAUUUGUUUAGAAGAGUUGGUGAUCAAUUUACUGCUAUGUUUAGAAGAAAGGCUUUCUUACAUUGGUAUACUUCUGAAGGUAUGGAAGAAAUGGAAUUCACUGAAGCUGAAUCUAAUAUGAAUGAUUUGGUUAGUGAAUAUCAACAAUAUCAAGAAGCAUCUAUUGAUGAAGAUGAGGAAUUGGAUUAUGGAGAUGAAGUUCCAUUGGAUGAUCGAAUGGAAUAA